ACGCCGUGCAUAGGGAACAGCCGAGCGCCUGCCGGGAACAGCCUCAAGCCACGGCCAGCGAUCAGUCUCUCUCGGGACGUCGGUCGAGUAACGUUUAACCCUUUGCUCGACGUGUGGUUGGUUGACAAGGCAGCAUGAAGAUUCUACCAGCACUCCUUUUUGUGGCUCUUGUGACACCCAGUCAACAAAUGAAGGCCACCCUAAGACAAGGAGAGAUCUCGGGUACGGAGGAAACGGAUGAAAAAGGCAAUAUUUAUCAUGCAUUCAGGAACAUACCCUAUGCCCAGCCUCCCACGGGUGAUCUCAGGUUCAAAGACCCAGUGCCAGCCAAGGGGUGGGAAGGGGUCAGGGACGGCAGCCUGACCCCGCCCCUUUGCCCCCAAGUCGACCUCCCUCUUUACCACGCCGGGAAGAAGGUCAUUCGAGGUCAGGAAGACUGUCUCUACCUCAAUGUGUUUACGCCAGAGGGCCCGCAUACAAAACUUCCAGUCAUGGUAUGGAUACACGAGGGAGCCUUCCUGGUGGGCGGGGUUUCUCAGCUUUCGCCCCGCCCACUCGUGUCCAGGGGCGUGGUUCUGGUUACUCUGCACUAUCGGCUGGGCACUUUAGGAUUCAUAUCAACGGGGGACUCGGUGCUUCCCGGAAACCUAGGACUCAAGGAUCAGACCCUGGCCCUCCGUUGGGUCAAGGACAACAUCCAUGACCUCGGCGGCGACCCAGAAAAGGUCACGAUCUUCGGAGUAAGUUCUGGGGCAUCUUCAGCACACUUCCAGGUCCUCACGCCCUAUGCCAAAGGUCUUUUCCACCGGGCUAUCCUGCAGUCUGGGACAGGACUCUGCUCCUGGAGUUCACGCACCGAUCAUAGGGAGGUCGCGGUGAAAGUAGGUCAGCUGUUGAACUGUUCAGAAGCAGGGUCGACAGCCGAGGAUCUGGACAGCAGGGCCCUCCUCGCCUGCCUUCAGAAAGCGCCCCUGGAGGAGCUGGUCUCCGUUCCCCAGGCCUUCACGAUCUGGUCAAAUGAGCCCAUAGUGAUGGUGCCUCGUGUGGAUGGUGACUUUAUACCCGAUUUCCCGGCGACUUUGCUCAAGAACAAUCGAUAUAAUAAGGUUGAUCUUAUUGCAGGCGUCACAGCACACGAGGGAGCUUUUGUUACAAAGUUUGUGUACGCGAGGAAGGCCCUAAGAGAAUCCCUCGUGACCAACUUCACAACAGUGGGUCCUCUCGUCAUGAAUUUCAGGGGCGGGGACGAAGAACCGCUGUAUCUCGCUCGUAGGGUCUUUUUCCAUUACCUGGGAGACAUUGAGGUCACUGAGGAGAACGCCGAUUCUGUAACCGAGCUGUUCAGUGACCGCCUGUUCAAAACGUGCAUCGAAGACACAUUGAAAGCUCACCUCGAUACAGCAGACCCGACUUCGAAAGCUUUCUUCUACACGUUAACUCAUCGGGGUCAGAAGGGGUUUCUUGACAUGCUAAAGCUCCCCGUUGGAAAACGUUGGGUGAGUCACACGGAUGAUAAACAGUAUCUCUGGGACGACUCUCUACAGCAUCCAGCCGACCAGAUGGUACAGCAUCUAAUGACCAGGAUGUGGACGGCUUUCGCAAACACGGGGAACCCGACGCCAGACUCGUCCUUGGGCUUCAAGUGGCAGCCUGUGUCGAGGUCUUCCUUGGCCUUCCUCGAGAUCCAGCCCGCGGCAGACAUGGCGCCGGAUGGAAGAGAGCGGGUGCGGGCGUUUUGGGCAGACCUUCCCACGAGACAGAAUAAGAUCCUGUACCCUGAGAGGUUCUUGUCGCCAAGCCGUCCCAGCUGCUGAGACCUCGAGACUGCCGCUAGAAAACAUCUAUUUGGAAACCACUUGUCUCUUGUCUAAUGUUUUGAAAUCAUUUGUCUCUUGUCUAAUGUUUGGAAACAUUGUCAUCUUCCAAAAAUUCUGAUGUUUGGAAACCCACUUGUCUCUUGAAACCAUCUGCCAUUUGAAAACCACUUGUCUCAAUGUACCUCUUGAAUAUGUUGCUCAUAA